AAUUAAAAGACUUUUCUUUGUUUUUUGAUCUGGACUUUUUUAGAAAAAGACUUGAGAAGGCAAGAGCUCCAUUCCAUGGGGUGCCGAGGUGGUAUAAUGACGAGUUGAGUUUUGUUAGAAUAACUGAUUGUUAUUUUUUUGUCAUUUCUCCUGUAUGGGCACAAACCUUUUUGGACUCUUUCCCGUUUCUCUCUCCCUCCCUCUCUCUCUAGAGGUCUACAAAUUUCUCCCUCUCCUCCUCAAUUUUUUUUUUGUGUGGAAAGGAGGAUCUGGGAAGGAAUUCAAAUCCUGGUUUGAGCUCACUGUGUAUUUUCCGUGAGCUAAAAUGGCGUUUGUAACGGAAGAUAUGAUCAAGCAGCUCCAGACCUUAAUGGAACAAAUCGAUGAGCCACUCAAGAUUACCUUCAAGAAUAUGCAUCAAGGAUAUCCAACUGAAACAUUGAUGCGGUUUCUCAAAGCAAGGGAAGGGGAUGUUUCCAAAGCCCAUAAAAUGCUGCUUGACUGUUUGAAUUGGAGGAUACAAAACGAGAUUGAUGCUAUACUGGGGAAACCGAUAGUUCCUACCGAGUUCUACAGAGCAGUGCGCAAUUCACAACUAAUAGGAAUGUCAGGUUACUCAAAAGAGGGUCUCCCAGUCAUAGCAAUUGGUGCAGGGCUCAGCACGUUUGACAAAGCAUCUAUUCACUACUAUGUUCAGUCACACAUCCAAAUGAAUGAGUAUCGGGAUCGCGUAUUAUUUCCAUCUGCGAUGAAGAAGUUUGGACGGCAUAUUAGUACCUGUGUGAAGGUUCUGGAUAUGACUGGUCUAAAGCUUUCAGCACUUAACCAAAUCAAGCUAUUGAGUGUUUUAUCUACCAUUGAUGACCUGAACUAUCCCGAGAAGACCACCGCAUAUUACAUUGUUAAUGCACCAUAUGUAUUUUCUGCAUGCUGGAAGGUUGUGAGGCCUCUUUUGCAAGAAAGAACAAGGAAUAAAGUUCAGGUGCUCCCUGGUUCUGGGAAAGAUGAGUUGUUGAAGAUAAUGGAUUAUGCAUCUCUUCCACAUUUUUGCAAAAGAGAAGGCUCGGGAUCUUCUUUUCAUUCUAGAAACAAAACGACGGACAAUUGUUUCUCCUUGGACCAUGCCUUCCAUCAACAGCUCUACAAUUACAUGAAGCAGCAAGCAGAACUUAUGGAGGCACCCAUUAGACAUGGUUCAGUCCAUGUAGAUUUUCCUGAACCAGACCCAGAAGAUGGCAACAUCGCUGAAACCAUAGAAUCCGCGUGUAAAACGAUGGGGAAUCGGAUUGGGCUAUCCAAUUCACUACGCGAGCUCAAGAUAAACGGUGAGUGAAAAGCUCGUGUAAAUUUUUAAACGGCUAUAGCUGCACUGAUAUGUACUGAUAUACAAGAGAUGGUUAAUACGUCGGAAUAACUGCAGUUGGACAAGGCGUUGUUUAGCUUAGAGAUGUAACAGCAGUGCCUUGCAUUAGCUCAAUAAUGCAAAUCUGUAUCAAAAUCUAAUCACUUUUAAUUUACCUUACCACCUUGAAGUGGGUAAUUAUAAUGUACUAUGAAAAGAAAUUAGGAAUCAACACUGUAUGUUUUCUAGCA